AUGUCCAACAAAUGUGAUUUGUCUAAGGAAGAGAAAGUGUGGGUCAUAUGCCGUCUGCUGUAUCAGGCACCUCCAGGCGAAUUCUACAGUGUUUUUGAAGAUCUCCGUAUUCUGGUCCAGGAUGAUGACCUAAUGAGGCAAGAGGCUGCCCAGGUCUGUGCCCAUCACAAUAAGAACAAUUUCACCUUAGUCAGAAUAGAAGGAACCAAUGUGCUGGUGACUCGCUACAAUGACCUAGGAGGAAAUCGCUUUUUUGACCCGAAAAAUAAAUUUUCUUUCAAAUUUGAUCACUUGAGUGGAAUAUCAAACAAAUUUCAGCUCCAUAGGGUAGCAUGGGAUGAGACAGAGUUAUGGAGAACAGCCCUAAAUAGUGCUUUAAAGGCAUACGUGGAUAGUCACUUUCCUUCAGGGGACUGCUGUGUGUUUAGAAAAACCUUGAAAAACAGGCAGGUAUUUGUGGUCUGUAUUGCAGGUCAUCAGUACAAACCGUUGGGUUUCUGGAAUGGCCUUUGGAAAGGUGAAUGGACUUUUUUCCAGAUUCCAGUUAUUACUCAGGUUACAGGGGCCAUUCAUAUGCAAGUACACUACUUUAAAGAUGCUAACCUCCACAUGACAGUCUGCAAGACUGUUGAAGAGAUCUUGCAUGUAAUUGACCCAGCCCAGUUGGCCAUAGAUUUUGUGAAACUCAUAGAAACUGAAGACAACAAAUUUCACAUUGCCAUGCUGGAAAACCUCCAAGCUUUGACAGAUGAAAUCUGGAGAAAAAUUCUACGAAGGCAGCUCCCAAUCACUCGCACUAUCAUUAACUGGAAUAAACUGCUGACCAAUCAGAGCAUAAAAGCCAAUAUUUCCAGUCGUGAGGUGCCACUGAGUUUACUGAAGUGCACGGUUUAA